AUGUCGCUGCCAGCCUAUUGGGCGGGGAGCGCUAACCGUUUCCCUGGUAAUGUCCUAUUUAUCAAGCGAACCACUAGGCUAUUUGCCUUGCGCUCUACGGAGGAGCCUAAAGUCCAGUAUAUCUCCUUCCUGGCCCAGCAUAAUGUGUUUCCCGACCUCUGCCUGCGUACGCAGAUGCGGUACUUGGAACCGGUGGUUGAAUCCUCCUCAUCGACGGUAGCACAGCGGGUGGGUUCGGCGGAGGUUCCACGCUAUCGGGCCAAACUGCUGCGUCUGGCAGCAGUGCUGACGGCUCCUUCCCGUGCUGCGCGUUCAGCAAAAGCCCGCACUGCUGCAUUGAUUGGUGUCACUCAUCGCGCUCAGCGCCGUAGUGAGGCUGCUGGUGCGCUGGUUGCAUCCUCUGAUGAGGAGGAGGAGGAGGAGGAGGAGGAGUGGGAGGAUGGCGGAGUUGGCUGA